CACGAGAUUUGACGUCAUCGGUCCGCGACACACACCAUGUUGAUGAAAUCGUUAGUAACGUAUACAUCUACGCGUGUAUGUCCUUCAAAACCUCACCUGUCGUGUUGGUUUUACAGACGUGUUUUGAUAUUUUACCUCCGGCCGAUUCUUUGAGGACGAUGUUGGCGGUUAACCGGUUGUUUCGCUGUUCUCGCGGUCGUUCAGCGCCGUCUGGACUCUGCGUUGUGCUCCACUGCCGUCGUCCAGGACCACCGACGACCACAGCCAGGUCGGGGCUUCUCUCCUCACAGGACCAGCGUGGUUGUCAUACUUUGUUACCUGCAGACAGACGUGAAGCUCAUCUUAGCGGUUAUAGGGAGUUCUCAACCUGCCAGAGUAUCAGAAGUGACGCUAUUGGACAGAUCCAGUCAAAACAUUAUCGACUCGUUUACACAUGCAAGGUUUGCUCUACCAGGUCCACACAGAAAAUAUCCAAGCUGGCUUAUCACAAAGGUGUUGUGAUUGUGACAUGUCCAGGGUGUAAGAAUCACCAUAUCAUCGCUGAUAACCUCAACUGGUUUUCGGACCUGGAAGGGAAGAGAAAUAUUGAGGAAAUCCUUGCUGCCAAAGGAGAGACUGUAAAGAGGAUUGAAGGAAGUUCCGCUUUGGAGAUUGUGGUGGAUGAAUCUAUCAAAGAAAAGUCACAACAUGGUGAAGACACAGAGAAAUCAGACAAUGAGCCAGAAAAACAGUAAUGCUGUGUUCAUACUGUAUAUGUAUUUUGUAAGAUGUUUAUAUUGAAAUCCAUAAUAAAAACAAAUAUUUAUAUAUAAAUAAAUGUCUUUAUGAAUUCUAAGCAAGGAAAAAGGGAACUGAUCAAGAUAGCUUUUAAUAUCAGGAAUAGAAUAGAUGGAACUAUAAAUCCAGCUAACUGAUAAA